AUGCUUUUCAAAUCGUUUGAACAGCGCAUUCUCGAACUCACAGUCGUAUCCGAGGCAAACGCAGCGACCAACCAGCAGCUCAGAGAGGAGCUCUGUUCUACCACCAAGCUUUUGGAACAGCAGCAAGUUAGAGAGAGAACUCGGAAGGCCUUUGAAGAUGUAUGGUCUGAAUAUGUACCGUCUGAAUAUGUACCGUCUGAAUAUGUGCCGUCCGAAGAUGACGAGUCCGAAGAUGAGUCCGAAGAUGAAGCGUGCGCUCCCAGAAAGCGUCGUCGACUUGAUCUGGAGCGCAAAAUCAAGCGAGAAAGCUCCUAG